AUGCUAUCACACAGACUUGUUACUUUGACUAGAGCCAGCGCCCUUCGCCAACAGGUUAGAAACCUUUCCAUUCAUGAGUUCAGAUCUGCUGAACUUUUGAGGCAGUAUGGGAUCGGUACUCCACAAGGUAAGGCUGCUACUACUGCCACGGAGGCCUACAACAUCGCAAGAGAAUUAGAUGUAGCUAACCGCGAUUUGGUGGUUAAGGCACAAGCUCUAACCGGUGGUAGAGGUAAGGGUCACUUUGAUAACGGUUUGCAGAGCGGUAUCCAUAUGGUUUCUAGUGCCGAGGAAGCACAAGCGAUCGCCACAAAAAUGUUGGGCCAUAAGUUGAUUACCAAACAAUCCGGUGCUAGCGGUAAGCCAGUCAGUGCUGCCUACAUUGUUGAAAGGGUGGACGCUAAGCACGAAGCCUACCUCUCUAUUUUGAUGGACAGACAAACGAAGAAGCCUUUGAUUAUCUGUUCCAGCGAGGGUGGUAUGAACAUUGAGGAGGUUGCUGAGAAGAACCCAGAUGCCAUCAAGAAGUUCUACGUGGAUGCAACCGGCGGUCUUCCUGCUUCCACUGCUGCAGAAAUUGCCAAGAGUUUGGGAUUCAGCCAGGAAGCUGAAGCCGACGCUGCUGACGCUGUCACUAAACUAUACAAGAUCUUCAAGGAGCGCGAUGCCACUCAGAUCGAAAUUAACCCUCUAAGUGAAGUCACUGGCCAGGACACCAAGGUUAUGUGCAUGGACGCCAAAUUUGGAUUUGACGACAAUGCCAGCUACAGACAAAAGGAUGUCUACCAAUGGAGAGACCUGUCUCAAGAAGACCCAGAUGAGGUCAUCGCCAAGAACUCUGACCUCAACUUCGUCAAGUUAAAGGGUAACAUCGGUUGUUUGGUUAACGGUGCAGGUCUAGCUAUGGCCACCAUGGACGUCAUCAAGCUCUACGGUGGUGACCCAGCUAACUUCUUGGACUGCGGUGGUGGUGCUACCCCUGAAACUAUCGAGACCGCAUUCAAGCUUAUCUUAUCCAACCAAAACGUUAAGGCCAUUUUCGUCAACAUUUUCGGUGGUAUCGUCCGUUGUGACUACGUCGCCCAAGGUCUAGUUGCUGCAACCAAGAACCUAGACGUCCAAGUCCCAAUUGUUGCUCGUCUACAAGGUACCAACCUAGACGAGGGCCGCAGAAUCAUCCAGAACUCCGGUCUAAAGAUCUACGGUUUCGACGAGUUGGACCCUGCCGCUGAAAAGGUCGUCAGUCUUGCAGGCUAA